UCUCGCCCUUUUCCCACACCAUCAACGACCACAAACCACAUCGUUCGACCUUGUAGCCGCUGAAACUCUUUCUCGGUCGCUCGUCAAAUGUGUUGCUCACCUUAUGCCCCCAGGAUGAGCCGGUGAUCAUCUACCUGGAGCCUCGUGCCUUGUACAAUAGACGCAAUUCCCUUGUCCCAAACACAGUGGGUUAUGGCUGACGGCGCAAGCCAUAGCACCGCCCACCAUGAAGUUCUUCAUCGAGUAGGACAGACCACCUCUCGUGAAGCAGUCAUUGAAGCUCACUGACUUGUCACAGUGACCUCCCUGUCCUGUUUCCAUAUCCCCGCAUCUACCCCGAACAAUAUGCAUACAUGUGUGAUCUCAAACGCACCCUCGAUGCCGGCGGCCACUGUGUCCUCGAGAUGCCAUCAGGCACUGGCAAGACCGUGUCUCUGCUCUCACUUAUCGUGGCUUAUCAACAACACUACCCCGAACAUCGCAAGCUCAUCUACUGCUCCAGAACGAUGUCCGAAAUUGAAAAGGCGCUGGCUGAGCUGAAGGCUCUCAUGAAAUAUAGAUCGGACCAACUGGGAUUUGUCGAAGAUUUUCGUGGCUUGGGAUUGACGAGUAGGAAGAAUCUUUGCCUUCAUCCCUCGGUGAAGCGGGAAAAGAGUGGCGCCGUGGUAGAUGCCCGGUGUAGAAGUCUGACUGCGGGCUUUGUCAAGGAGAAGAAGGAGCGCGGAGAAGAGGUUGAUGUUUGCGUCUACCACGACAACCUCGAUCUCCUCGAGCCUCACAAUCUCGUACCUCCAGGUGUCUUUACACUGGACGGUCUACUGCGUUAUGGUGAAGAGCACAAGCAAUGCCCUUACUUUUCAGCAAGACGAAUGAUGCCUUUCUGCAACGUCAUCAUUUACUCCUACCAUUAUCUGCUUGACCCCAAAAUUGCCGACCGAGUCUCCAAAGAACUGUCCAAGGAUUGUAUCGUUGUUUUUGACGAAGCUCAUAACAUAGACAAUGUUUGCAUCGAAUCCUUGUCCAUUGACAUCAAUGAGGACUCUCUGCGCAAGGCGACACGAGGAGCCAACAACCUUGAGCGAAAGAUUGAGGAAAUGAAGUCGUCGGAUGAGGAAAAACUCCAGAGCGAAUACCAGAAACUAGUCGAAGGCCUGCGAGACGCCGACGAGGCUCGAGCAGAGGAUGCUUUCAUGGCAAACCCUACCCUUCCUGAUGAUCUCCUCAAAGAAGCCGUUCCCGGUAACAUUCGAAGAGCCGAGCAUUUUGUUGCCUUUCUCAAGCGCUUCAUCGAGUAUCUCAAGACUCGAAUGAAAGUCCUCUAUGUCAUUCAGGAAACACCUCCUUCAUUUCUCGCCCAUCUCAAGGAGCUGACAUACAUUGAAAAGAAACCUCUGCGAUUCUGUGCAGAGCGGCUUACUUCGCUCGUCCGUACCCUAGAAUUAACCAACAUCGAGGACUAUCAGCCUCUGCAGGAGGUCGCAACGUUUGCCACUCUGGUCGCCACAUAUGAGACUGGGUUCUUAUUGAUUCUCGAACCCUUUGAGACUGAGCAAGCCACAGUGCCUAACCCAAUGCUACAUUUUGCAUGCUUGGACGCCUCAAUCGCCAUCAAACCCGUCUUCGAGCGCUUUUCUUCCGUCAUUAUCACGUCUGGAACAAUCUCCCCGCUCGAGAUGUAUCCCAAAAUGCUCAACUUCACCACCGUGACUCAAGAAUCAUAUCCCAUGUCACUCGCAAGACGUUCGUUCCUGCCGAUGAUUGUUACAAGAGGCUCUGACCAGCAGUCCAUCACUUCAGGAUUUCAAUCCCGCUCUGACCCAGGCGUGGUGCGUAAUUACGGCUCGCUACUGUUCGAAUUUGCAAAGAUAACCCCGGACGGCAUUGUCGUCUUCUUCCCAUCGUAUCUCUACAUGGAGAUGAUCAUCAGCAUGUGGCAGGGUAUGGGCAUUCUCGACCAGAUUUGGACGUACAAACUCAUUCUUGUUGAAACACCCGAUGCACAAGAAACCAGUCUGGCCCUGGAGACGUAUCGAACGGCGUGUGAGAACGGCAAGGGUGCCAUCUUACUCUGCGUCGCUCGGGGUAAGGUUUCCGAGGGAAUUGAUUUUGACCACCAUUUUGGGCGAACCGUGUUGUGCAUGGGCGCACCUUUCCAAUACACCGAGUCUCGAAUACUGAAGGCGCGUCUAGAGUUUCUGCGGGAGAACUAUCGAAUCAAAGAGCAAGACUUUUUGUCUUUCGAUGCCAUGAGACAUGCAGCUCAGUGUCUAGGUCGCGUAUUGCGCGGAAAAGACGAUUAUGGGAUCAUGGUGUUGGCGGAUCGUCGAUUCCAGAAGAAAAGGACACAACUUCCGCGUUGGAUAGCAGAAGAAAUCCUGGAUGGACAGACCGGGUUGAGCACAGAUGCGGCCGUGGGCAUGGCGAAGAAAUUUUUGAGGAAUAUUGCACAACCGCUGGCAGCGUCACAAAAGGCAACUGAUGGGACAACCAAGGGUAAAGACAGUUGGGAUCUGAGAGAGCUGGAGAGGUUCCAGAGAGAGCAAAAGGCCAAUCGGGGUGAAGGCGACAUGGGUAGAGAAGACGCCAGAAUGCACGACUACAUGCACAGCGCCGUCAAUGGUCAGGCGCCGACAAACGGUGCCAACGGUGCCAACGGACACAAUGGAUCAAAUGACGAUUUCGAUGACGAUAUUGCCGACGAAGACUUGUUGAUGGCGGAGACCAUGGAUGUCGACUGAGACGUGGGUGGUGGUGGUUCUGACCUCACCCCAGCUUUAGAUAGAGCAUUUUCAAAUGCUAAGCUGGGCAUGCGGCCUGUAAUAACAUUCCCACUAACAUGCGAGCGCCUUUAUGCACGAUCAUGGGGUGAGAUGAAUUUAAUGACAAAGACACCAGCAGAUGCCACAAUGCCAAAGCCAACAACUCAUCCGCCAUGAAUAGAUCCAUGAUACCCAAACCAACACACUUGA